AGCCUCCCUUAGAUUAUUUUUCCGCGGGAACCUGUACAUGACGUUGUUGACAUAUUUGACAAGAAAAUGGACCAAAGUGGAUAUGAAUCCGAUCGAAUCAAGAACUGCAUUAUAAAGUCCGAGGUUCCAGAGAUCUGCAAGACGGAGCCAUGCUGCCUGGGGAUCGACGAGGCCGGAAGGGGGCCAGUGCUAGGGCCAAUGGUGUACGGCAUUGCGUACUGCCCACUUUCACGGCAGGAGAAGCUGAAAGAGAUGGGAUUGGCAGAUUCCAAGACGUUGUCAGAAGAACAGAGAGAAUCCAUGCUGGAGAAGAUGAAGGCUGCAUCGGACUCGGUGGGCUGGAUUGUAGAAAUCCUCACGCCGGCCUACAUUUCCAACAGCAUGCUGCGAAGGACCAAAUAUAAUCUGAAUGCACUCUCCCAUGACUCUGCUAUCGGCCUUCUACAGAGAGCCCUCAGUCUGGGAGCCAAUAUCACAGAGGUGUAUGUCGACACGGUGGGAGACCCUGCCAAGUACCAGGCCAAACUGAAGGACAUUUUCCCUGACAUCGACAUCACUGUUGCCAAGAAAGCUGACGCCACCUACCCCAUUGUCAGCGGAGCCAGUAUCUGUGCCAAGGUAGCACGAGACCAGGCCGUCAAGUCGUGGCAGUUCCGGGAGGGAGUGGAGAGAGAAGGACUCGAGUACGGCUCAGGGUAUCCAGCAGAUCCCGGCACCAAGAAGUUUCUGGCUGGGAACAUGGACCCUGUGUUUGGCUUCCCGGACUUUGUUCGCUUCAGCUGGUCCACUGCUUCCCAGCUGAUUGAGAAGGACUGUGUUCAAGUCAGAUGGGAAGAUGAUGAUGAAGACGAAACCAAAAACACAGGCAGUGCAUCCCUCUUGUCCUUCUUCAAGAAGAAAACAGAGGACCCACGCCAACAGAAACACAGGUUCUUCAGCGACAGACAUCUCACACAGGUCGGAGCAUUGUGAUGUUCAUGACACCAGACAUUGUGACCUGCAUACUUUCCAAUGUAAAGAUUCAUGUGAAUAAAUCAUACAAACAAC